AAAUAGGACAGCUGUCUAUAUGUGAGUCGGUAUCUGCAUUGAUCCGAACUAUUACUAAUUGUUUAGACGGAUAGCAUGGAUGUCUUACUCUUUACAUGUGUUAUCUGUGCCUUAUUUGGAGGAUAUGUUAACGCCAAAUCGCCCCAUAUAGUGUUUAUAGUAGGGGAUGAUUUAGGGUGGAAUGAUGUUGGAUGGCACAAUCCUGCGAUGAAAACACCAAAUUUAGAUAAGUUAGCCCAAAAUGGAGUGAUCUUGAAUUCAAGUUAUGUUCAACCCCUUUGUACACCAUCGAGAACUGCCUUUCUAUCUGGUUACUAUCCAUACCGAACGGGAUUACAGCAUUUGGUGAUAUUGCCGUACAGUCCAGCAUAUUUACGUCUAAAUUACACCUUAUUGCCCCAAAGGCUGAAAGAAGUUGGGUAUAAAACUCAUAUGGUGGGGAAAUGGCAUCUAGGAUUUUGUAACUGGAACUAUACACCAACUUAUCGUGGAUUUGAUAGUUUCUAUGGAUAUUACAAUGGAGCAGAAGAUUAUUACAGUCACGAGCUAUUAUAUGGUCUGGAUUUGAGAUUCAAUAAAACCGCUGUCCGGGAUCAGAAAAACAUUUACUCAGCGAUGAGUUUUACCAAACGUGCAGAAGACAUUAUCAAGGCACACGAUAAGAAAGACCCCCUAUUCCUCUACCUCCCUUAUCAAACCGUCCAUGCUCCUCUAGAGGUACCUAAAAGAUUUGAAGAAAUGUAUAGUCACAUUCAAGAUAAGAAUAGACGAUUAUAUAGUGGAAUGGUAUCAGCUCUUGAUGAAGGAGUAGGUAAUGUUACCAGAGCUUUACAAGAGAACGGCUUCAUGAACGAAGAUAUCCUCAUCGUGUUUACAGCUGAUAAUGGUGGUCUUCCUGCUCAAGGUGGCAACAAUGCACCAUUACGGGGUACAAAAGGAUCGAUAUGGGAAGGUGGUACAAAAGGAGCAGCAUUUGUGUACAGUCCUAGCUUGUUGAAGAAGACAAAAUACGUCAAUACAGGAAUGAUGCAUGCUACUGAUUGGUUUGCGACAUUUUUGGAAGUUGCUGGUGCCAAACCAGAAAGUGGAAUAGACGGCAUCAGUCAAUGGUCGAUGUUGAAAUCUGAUCAGCCAAGUAAACGGUCAGAAUUUAUCUAUAAUAUCGACGAAAAGAUUCCUAAUGCCGGUAUAAGGUCGGGAGAUUUUAAGCUGUUAGAAGGUAACCCAGGUGAUGGUAAAUGGUAUCCUGUUCCAACUGUCGAGGCAGAUAGAAACACCUCUUUGUAUUAUCUCCCUUUAAAGCAAUCUCAAUACCGGCUGUUCAAUAUCGCAGAUGAUCCCACAGAACAUGUUGAUCUCGCCGACAAGCAUCCAGACAUUGUCGCCAAAUUAAAAACCAAACUAGCAGAAUACAAGAAAUCGUUAGUCCCAGCAUUCAAUCCUGGGUUUGUUUUCAAAUCCUUACCAAUAUUUUACGAUGGGACUUGGAGUCCUGGGUGGUGCUAAAAAUUUGUGCACUGCCGGCAUCAUUAGCCAAAUCGAGAAGAAGCCAAUGUAGAAUCAAAAUUUUUACUCACUGAAACAUUAACCACUUUGUUAUUUUGAAUUUUGUUAUAACUUAAUGUUGUGUUAUCGUCAGUCCAAACUAAUAUUUAAUUCACUUAUUUUUGCUUACUUUCUCGUUUACAUGCUAUUCCCCCAGCAAAUAAUGAAAUUACCUCCCUUCCACCAUUCAUUUUUUUGUAAAUAGACACGCUUACGUUUCAUUUUAUCAUUCCACAUAGGAGAUCAACAUAACCAGAUAACCCGAUAUAUUCAUUAGAGAAACCAUGUACGGUAGCAAUAAAAUAUUAUGUAAACUU